GACGAAAAUUAGGAUGAGAGCCAUCCAUUUUUUCAACUCUUAAGAAUUAUAAGGAAUAUUAGCUGUGGUAACUAAUCCAUAAAAAUCACCAACUGUUAAUCAAAGCUAAAACUAUUUUCAGGUCUUAGGUUUAACAGUAAACCAUGUUUAUUCAAACAUUUUAUUAUAAAGUUAUGUUUAAAGUGAUGUAUUUACCUGGAGUUGCCUACAGCCAUCUCACUGUCCUGGUCUUGAUCAAACUGAGUACAUCCACCAGAUGACAUUCAUAAUAAUCAAGAUGUCGCUUCAUGGAGGGUUGGACUUUAUGUCAGUCCUGAUUCUUUAUAAAUGUCUACCUGAAACACCUGCCUCUCAGUUCCUGAUUCUUUUCCUCUGCACAACCUGCAGGACCUGUUCCAGCAAUGGGGGAAUCUUACAUCAUAACCAUAGACUUUGGAACAACAUACAGUGGAUAUGCCUUCAGUUUGACAUCCAGAGACGAAGAAGUGAACCCUCAUGUGAAGUUUUGGGGUGAAGAAAUUGGACUAGAAACCCCAAAGACUCCAACCUGCAUCCUGUUUGAUGAACAUCAACAGUUUGUCAGCUUCGGAUAUGAAGCCAAACAGACUUACUUAAAAACAUCAGGCAAAGAUGGCAGAGCAAUGUUCUUCUUUGAUUGCUUUAAGAUGUCACUCUAUAGCAAAAAAGUCACUACAGAUCUGACAAUCAAAGCAGCCAAUAGGAGGGAAAUGAAGGCUCUGAAGGUUUUUGCAGAAGCUUUAAGAUUCCUGAAAGAUGACGCUCUGAAGACCAUUCAACAAAACACUGAAGGAAAGAAGUUCACAGCCUCUGACUUCACCUGGGUUCUGACUGUUCCUGCAAUCUGGGAUCAUGCAGCCAAACAGUUCAUGAGAGAAGCUGCAACUCAGGCAGGAAUAGUGACUUAUGGAACUGAAAACAAUCUAGUGCUGUGUCUGGAACCAGAAGCAGCUUCAGUCUACUGUAAGAAACUACCAUUAGAGGGUUUCAUAGCAGAAAACCGGGGUGAAAGCAAACUGGACCAAUCUCCAGGAACUCAGUACAUCGUUGUUGAUUGUGGAGGAGGAACCAUUGACAUCACUGUUCAUGAAGUCCUUGAAGGAGGAUUUCUGAAGGAGCUGCACAAAGCCUCUGGGAACGAUAUGGGAGGACAAACUGUGGAAAGAAAAUUUAAAGAGUUCCUCAGAGACACAUUCUCUCCUGAAAUCUGGGAUGAGUAUGAAGAAAAGUAUCCCAGUGAGGUUAGAAGAAUUAUGUCUGACUUCACACUUUUCAAGAGAAAAGAUGAAGAUAUGGAAAUAAUCUGUCCAAUGAAUCUAGGAAUGAUGGCUCAGAAAAAACAGGACAUGGAAGAAUACUUUUAUCGAGUUCAAGGAGCAUCUUAUGAUGAUGGAAUAAUCAAAAUAUCAAAGCAGAAACUGAGAUCUUUUUUUGAAAAGAGUCUGUGGAGCAUCACUAAGAGUCUAAGAGAAAUCUUUUACAAAACCCGCAGCAUUAAAUACAUUCUGUUAGUGGGAGGUUUUGCUGAAAGUCAGAUUCUACGGAGACACAUUACUGAUGAGUUUAUUGACAACUGCAAAGUUCUGUGUCCUUUUAGGCCCCAAGAAGCCAUUUUGAAAGGGGCCGUAGAGUUUGGAAGAAACCAAGGUGCAGUGGCAUCAAGAAAAAGUGCCUAUACUUAUGGAGUACAUCUGUCAGAGCGGGCUAAUAAGUCAAAGCACAGAGCGGACAAGCAAUACAAAAACAAAGAUAACGUCUUCUGUAGUGAUCUUUUUGGCAAACUGGUUGAAAUUAAUGAGGAUGUUCGCUGGAAUGAAACCAGAGAGCUCACAGUAUAUCCUUUAGAAAGAGACCAAACAAAAAUAAUUAUUGGAUUUUAUCGCACAAAGAAAAAAAAUCCCAUGUAUGUGGAUGAGGCAGAUGUGGAAAAAAUUGGCUCAUUUGUUGUUGAGUCACCGGACACGUCACUUGGACUGAACCGUCAGAUUGAUCUAGAGAUAAAAUUUGGCUUCACAGAACUGAUGGUAACAGGCACUGACAGGGAGUCAGGCUUUGUAAGCACAGUGAGCCUAAACUUUAUGACAAAUUAAUUUUGCUUACAGAAAAUAAAAAACACUGUAACUUUUAAGCCAUGAAAUAACAACUUCCUGAACUGAUUAUUCCAUCUUAGUUUAACUUUGCCCAUAUUUCCCAAGAAAACGACAUACAUCCAAGAAACCUCUUUAAUACAGAAACUAAAUGAAGUCCAGUUCAUUUUCCAUUCGGUGUGUAGGCAAAAUAAAUGCAAUAUACAAUAAAUCUCUUAGUUUGUUCUGCUAUGCUUUAUAAAUGCACAUUGUUUAGUGUCAUUAACAUUAAAAUGCAUGAGAAAGCAAAAAGAUGCAAAAUGCACACUAAUGUGAAGAAUAUAAGGAUAUCAUGCCAUGAUGUCAUAAUCCAUGACCUGUGAAUAUUCAGAAACCAUAAAAGUUAUUUCACAUUUGAUCACUGUUUAAGAAUCUGUGAAUAUAGGGCGUGAAUAUAGUGGCGUAGGGGAUGGCGCGACCCAUGUUUGGAGGCCUUGAGUCCUCGAUGCGGACAUCGCGGGUUCGAUUCCUGGAUCCAGCGAUCUUUGCCGCAUGUCUUCCACAUAUCUUUUGGAGGUUUGGAUACGCACUGAACAUUGCAUGGCAGCUCAUAUUACCAGUGAAGUGCGACCUAUGUGUGAAAGACACGCCAACAGCAAUUUUGCUUUCUUUUUGUCCAUAUAAAGAAUGACUCCGACAUACAUUGUAAAAAUAUAUUAUUGAAAGAAAAAAAUCACAACUUUAUAAUUAAAUUGUGUGUUUUUGUUGAUACAAUCACAUAGAAAUCAUUAUUUAAAAAGAAAAAAAAAUCAGUUCAACUUAGGGCGCCCCCAAGUGGCCCUGGGAUCCAAAGCAGCCGCUUGCUAAUGUACCUGCUUAGUUUACCUGGGGUGGCACUGCAUUGAGGUGUCAUAAUCCCAUGGAGCUGGAGUUUUCUUGCAACAUUUUUGGUUUCAUUCUUCUUCUUUUGUCCUGUUUUGUUGGGUUAUUUCUCCAAAUUUCUUGUGGUGAACUCUGGUUGAGUCAUUUUCUGUAAACUCCCAGCUCAUCCAAUCAUUCAUGCCUUCUAGUUCAGUCUGUCCCUUGUAAGAUCUUUUCUUGCCAUGCCAGUUCUUAAUUGAUUCUGAUUGUACAUGUUGGUUGUUCAUAUUCUAAUUUCAUGUCUCCUGCUGUUUACGUUUUCAGUUUUUUAAAAUAUAUUUUUACUACAAAAAUA